UCCAUCAAGUCGUUCGAUCAGAGAAAACUCUAAAUUCGUAAGAAAGCUAAUUCGUUCUUCGGAUAUAUCAUUGGCUGCUUCUAAUGGAAGCAUCGCGGAGUAUUAAUGGCGUCGACGAGUCGUACCGCCCACUUCCUGCACUCUACUUAACCUUUUUAUCGAUUUGGUCUCUCUCGGCUUGUUCCUGGACGGUUAACACCUUCAGGAAUCGCCAUUUUCAGACAAGCAGUUUGCAGUGGACUCUUGCUUCGGUUCCAUUGAUCAAAGCCUUGCAACUCACUCUAUCUUUCCUCUUUUGGUAUUCAUGUUUUCAUCAUCACAUAUGCUCUCUUUGGAUGUCGUUUGGUGUAUAUGUGACCGGCGUUCUGUUUCAGACAGCUUCUUUCGUGUCGUUCUUACUGAUCUCUCAUGGUUACUGCAUCACAUGCGAACGCCUCUCUCUUACCGAACGUCGAACCACAGCUUCACUUGGCUGUGUCUUUUACUUAACUCUUGUUGGCUACCGAGCUUCUGUUCCUUAUUUUACAGUGCUUCUGAUACUCAAUUAUGUGAUAUCAUUCUAUGUUAUUUUCCACCACAUAUCCCAAAAUCUGUCUGUGCUAAGAGAACAGCUGACCUUUAUCGAGGACGAGAAUGUUCAAGCUAUGCAUGAUGCUGUAUACUCAAAAUACAUCAUGUUCAAGAAAUUCCAAGGGGCCAUGCAAAUUGUAGCCAUGGCGGAAACCGUGCAGAUCUAUAUGAACAUGGAUAACUCUACACAGAAUUAUUGGCUUCGACUACUAGUACGAGAGUGGGCGCAAUUUUGCAUCUUUCUCUAUAUCGGGUGGACUUUCAGGUCUCAGGACUUGGCACCGCGUUUCUCAGUAAUGCCGACUCUAAAACUCAAGGAGAAUUCUAUCAUUCCUCCGAUUUACAGUGUGGAAAUGGACACAAAAACUUUCGAGGAAUUUAGAAGCCAUGAAUGGAACAUUGGGGUGCCGACACCGUGUUCCAACGAGAAGCAUAAGGAUAAGGAAUCGGUUCUAGUGAUAAUUCAGCAUCCUCGGUAGCAGCAGCGGCAGCGGCAGCGGCAUUAUUGUGUAAUGCAAAGAUGAUGUUUUUUUUCCAUCUUCUCGUUCUUGGAAAUCACCUGAGAAAAUAUUUGUCCCAAACCUAGCCAUCAAAUCAAAAGGAACAGAUCAAAGAGUCACAGGUUCCGACCUAUACUCUCUUUGCAUCUUUGUUUUGUCUUUUUCCCUUUUAGGAAACUUGAUGUCCUUUGUACAUUCCUUUAAUACCAGCAGCCAACAUAAAAUAUCUUUAGUUGCUUCCAAACUUCAUUAGAGGUACAAUUUUUUUUUUCCACUUCCAGUAAAUCUUUACAUGCAAAUACCAAACACGACCAGGGAGAUUACAGGAACAGCAAAGUGAUAACUGAUAAUUUAAGUGACAGAUGAAAGUUCAAUCAUUGAACUUUGCCCAGGUUAAAAAAAAAAAAACUCUUUCUCCAUAUACACAACCAAAAAAAAAAAA